AUGACGACGCCCACGACAAGCGUGGCUGGUACUCCGUCCGCAGCAAUUAACCCGCAAGCGACGAGUACUACGACAGGCUCUUCAACUCUAACGAGUGCUGCUGACUCGACGGCGGCGACUACAACUACGGCUGGGAUCCAUCUUGGUACUAUCGCGGCGACUGGUGGUGCGAUCGUGACGUCUGCAGCUACUACGACGAGUCUCCAAGGUGGCUUUACGUUCCCCCGCGUGCCGGCCGCUGGUGUUGCGUCGUACCUGCCCCUGCCGACGCCUGGAGUUGUCGUGCCCGUGCCGAUGAUAUUUGGACUUUGGGGAGCUGUCGAGGGCACAGACGCGCGCCCGCUUUUCGAUGUCGAGGCCCAGGUGGCUUUUAAUUCUCGCGACAAUGCAGCCCGGGACGCGAUCUUGCGCGGUGUGCCGGAGGUGGAUGCAGAGAUGAUCUGUCACGAGGCUUCUGCGAAGGACAUGUGGAUCAGCUUUGAGAACAAACAGACCAAGCGUGAGUACGCGAAUUACAUCUUCGCCCGUGAGCAGCUCUAUUCGAACAAAUAUACUCGUGAUCAGAAUUUGAGUGACUGGCUGCGUGAUAUGGAGUUGCAGAGGCGUGAGCUUCAGCAUUACGGCAAGGUGAUUAGUGAUGAAGAAUUUGCAGAGAUCUUGCUUGGCAAUGUGUCGCGGACUCACCAAGAAGUGGUUCGCCAGUUUUCUCGGCACUAUGCGGUUCUUGCCGUGCCAGGCACUCACCAACUGGCUCCGACAGCAGCCCAGGUCAUGAAUGCGCUGCGCGCAGAGGAGGAUCUGGAUGAGAAGGUCGCUGAGGAGAUGCCUCAAGCCAGCAUUAGCUCGGCGAAGAAGAAGUCGAGUAAUUCUUCGGGAAACCCAAACUCCGACAAUUCUGGCAAGGGUAAUGCUGGAAACGGAAAACGCCAGCGAGGCCGAGGUCGCUACAAGGCCAAAGGCAAAACCCAAGAAGGGAAGUCUGCUGGAGGCAGUGGUGGCAAGAGGAGUGAUGGUUGCUGGAACUGCGGCGAGCUCGACCACAUUCGAGCUCACUGCCCCUACUCAAAGAAGAAUGAUGACUCGCAAGGGCAGAGACCGUGUGCUGGCAUGGAGGCUAAGCGGUUCCAGAACAAAAAGGGCGGCAAUUCUGGAGGAGUGACGCGGAGUGUUGAUGCACUGACGCAGCGCAGUAUUGGCGCGACUGUGGUCGGUUGUAAACCCCGCAAGUCCAGUAGCAUGGAGUGGGUCUUGGACACAGCGACGGACGUGCAUGUCUACAACCCAAAGGAGAGCGAGUGGUAG